AAUUUCAAUUAAAUUCUGCUCAGGAAGGGCAGAUUCAACUAAAUCCAACUCCUUACUGAACAUUUAUUGGAAUCUCCCAUUUAUGUUGCCUUACCCUACGUCUACGACAUCGGAACAUAGAUCCCCUUGCUCUUUUUCCUGCGAUCUACCAAUGAACACUGGCCUUGUAUUAUCCUGGUCCUUAAUCCCCCAGUUGCCUUAACGAUAGACUUACUUCGCCCAGUGAAGUGUGACAAAAACAAAAAGUUGUAGUCCAGUGUCCCUGACCUCAACAAUGAAGUUUACAGAUGUGAACACACAUUCAACUAGUUUGCAUCGGUGACAUUCUUUGAGCAUAACUAGGCCCUCCUCAAGGCCGCAGCUUGUACAUCGUGUCUGGAAGAUUUCCACAGCUAGUGAAAUGUCUGACAGUGUUGGCCUAGCCAGGCUUUUUGCCUUCAUAUUUGGCUUUUCAGGCCUACUAUUUAUCAUAGUGGCAACGCCAACACACCAUUGGUUUGUAUACAAGAUGAAAAACAAUGAUACUAUAUAUGGUGGUAUUUGGGAGAACUGCCGACAAGACACUGAUGGCAUGUACUCAUGUUCAAACCUUCAAACUACAGAUUGGUUGAAUGCCGUGAAAGCUUUUUUGAUCAUCGCAAUCAUCUUGUACCUUUUUGUUGUCCUGUAUUUGAUUAUGAUGGUAUGGGGAAAAGGCAUGACUGUGCGAUUUAUUGGCAUUGAUCUACUCUUUGCAGCAAUGUUCGGGGUCAUCGCAAUGAGUGUUUAUACUGGGAAGUACCAUCUGAAGCCGGGAUAUGAAUAUGGAUGGUCGUAUGUUCUUGGAUGGUCUGGCAGCAUCGCCACAGUUGUGUCUGGAGUCCUUUGCUUCUUUGCAGAUGUAGAUUAUGAGCCAGUGCGUUGAAUUACUCGUUUGCUUUAAGAUCAUAUUUUGAAUUGGGUUUUGUAGUUUUCGUCAAUUAAUUUGUGUUAUUAAUAAAGAAGCUGCUUGGCCAUCGA